AUGGCAGAAGGAGGCUGUACAAAAACAGAGCAGGAGGAGGAGGAGGAGGAGGAGGGGCACAGCACUGAGGAAGACCCUCAGUCGUACUUUGGUGUGGGCGUGUGUAAGUGGUUUAAUGUUCGGAUGGGUUUUGGAUUCCUGUCCAUGACCACACGGGAUGGUGUGCCUUUAGAAACUCCAGUCGACGUGUUUGUCCACCAGAGUAAACUGUACAUGGAUGGAUUUCGGAGUCUGAGGGAGGGUGAAGAUGUUGAAUUUACAUUUAAAAAGUCCUCCAAAGGUCUCGAGUCUUUGCGAGUGACUGGGCCUGGAGGAGCUCACUGUAUGGGCAGUGAGAGGAGACCUAAAGGCAAGAGCAUCCAGAAACGCCGGCCCAAAGGAGACAGGUGUUACAAUUGUGGUGGUCUGGACCAUCAUGCCAAAGAGUGCAAGUUGCCUCCUCAACCCAAAAGGUGCCAUUUCUGCCAAAGUGUUUCGCAUAUGGUCGCCAGCUGCCCUGCAAAAGCUCAGGGAAAGCCUGUUUCUGUGAAGGGUGACCCACUACUACAUGCAGGGAGUACCGACUGAGGCAGUGCAAAAUCAAAGCUUAAAAGCCAAUCAUAUCACUACACUGUAAAAAGUUGAUGCAACUUAAAAGGUUACUUCAAAUGGUAACACCUAAAAAAUGUAACUUAAAUUUUUCACCUAAAGUGCAUUACCAAUUGAAGUCAUUUUUGAAGUGAAUCCAAUGUUUCACAUUUUACAGUGUAUACUUGAAAAAAAUGCUGCCUUUGGAACAGAAUUAUAAAAGCAACAGAAGAGAAUUACUGAAUGUCAUUUUUAUUACGGUAUAACACUCAGGAAUCGAUUUGCUCUCAGGAAUUUCAUAGAAAUAUUGUUGCAUUAGAAGUGACUACUAAAUCAACAGAAUAGUGUAGUUCUUAUUCAUUGUUCUUCACUGAAUUAUUAUACAAAUAGUUUCUACUUAAAUGUCUUUUUGCUGCAGAGGUUUGUCUAUUGACUACAUUUGAAUGUAUUAUAUGUUUAUCUUUGUGCUUUUAUGAUAAUGUUUUGAUGGGAAUUUGGGGUCAAGUUGAACUGGGGCUUUGGCCAGUUUUUGCAAUAGACUGUCAUGAUCACUAGUGAACAAAUGAAUGUAAAACCGCUGCAAUGAAUCUCAUAACCAGCAACGUCUUUUAAACAAACUCAGAUCUGUGGUUAUUUUAUUUUUAUAGCAGUUUUCGCAAUGUGCAAUGUUGUUAUUUUGCACAGAAAAUGGAGAAAGAUAAUGAAACAGGAAAAUCUUAAAAAUAAUAUAUGGGAAAAUAUAGAAAACUUGAUUUUGUUCAAAAUAAUAACUACACACUUUAUUAGAGAUGAAAGUUAUUAAUCAUUCAACUUUUAUCUCUAAACUGCAGCCAAAUCUUGGUUUGAUAUUUGUUCAAUAUCAGUCUUAAUAAUCUGCUGAUCUGUAUGUUUUCUAGUAAUAUAUUUUGUUAUUUGUCUUUGGAAAUUGGCCUCAAUGUUUUUUUAAAGAAUGAGAGAAAACUAAGUUAUUUAUUUGAUCAAAUGUUGUCCAUUACCUUUGUCUUCCAGCUGCCUGUAUUAUUGAAUUUAACAUCCCAUUUUACAGAAAGAGCUGGAAGACUUAAAAAAAAUAUAUAUACCGUUAUAUAUACACCUUAUUUUAAGCCUUUAGUCUUAGUAUUUAUUUAUAUCAAUGUAUCUAAAAUACUGUUGAUAAGGGUUAAUAAAUUAUCGGAAUUAAUUCCAUAUAGUAUUUCAACCAUCUUCUUUUGUGCCAUAAAUCAGGUGAUAUUGAGAAUUUUCAUUUGUUUGUUUUUCUUUAAUUGCGGUUCUGUGGAUGAUAAUGGUUCAUAUUAUGACCUUUUUAAAGGGUACUGCACCCAGUGACAGCUGGGGUACAUUUUUUUUAAUAGUGUACCUGAACUACUAUUUUAUGCAAUAAUAUUGAAUUUCAUGUUUUUGUGUUGAUAAAAGAAAGAUUUGCUACAAUUAGUUAAGCUGUUAUUGACUAUCCUAUUGAAUCACUUAUUGAACAUUUGAAUGUACUGUGAAUGUAUUGUUUUUCAUACAAUAAAUUU